UGGUGAAUUCUCUGCCUCCACUCAAACGAGCGCAGUCUGUAGUUGCGUGAUCACAGCUGGUCUCUCCUCAGUCAGUCAUCCAGCAAGCCUCCUGUACCACCACACGCACUGUACACUAGAUCCUGGAUUUGAUCAGAAAUGUUUUUCUGUAGAUCGGUUUGGCAGAGACUGGGGCUCCUGGCACGAAUGACAGUCGCCCCACCUUUAUCCAGAAAUGUGGUUCCAGUGCGGCAGAUGUCCGUCGGGAUCCCCGGUGGCUCUGCCACCAACGUGGCGUACGCCGUUCUGUGUGGAGGAGGCCUCACUGCCGCUGUGGUCUACGCUUACAAGACAGUGAAUGGUGACAGUGAGCGGUACAAUGACCGACUCGCCGAGAUGAACUUGAGGCCCAAGGAAGCAGCACCAGCAGCAGAGGAAGCAGCACCAGCAGCAGAUGAAGCAGCAGAUGAAGCAGCACCAGCAGCAGAGGAAGUAGAAUCCCCAGAAGAACCGGCACCAGUAGAAGCAGAGGUGUUAGCCGAGGUGGUCGCUGAGACGGCCGCAGGCGGAGGCGCCUGCAGCAGCAGAGGAAGUCCUGGCAGAGUUGAGGCGCCCGCAGUGGAAGUUGCCGUGGUUACGGAAGAAGCUCCACCGGAGGCUGACGCAGAGGCCGUCAUCGAGGACGUCGCAGAUGCGGCUCCUGGCGUCGUGGAAGAGGUCGUUGCCGUGGAGGCCGCCGAUGCUGUGUCUGACAUCACGUCUGCCUCCAUGAAGCUCCUGGCCAGUUCUGAGAUCGCUGCUGCCUCGGUAGCUGAGAGGAGGCUCAUGCACGCCCGUCCAAUACCUAGAAGACCGGACUGAAGAAUCCUCACUCGC